CCAUUUUGUUUCAGCAGCUGACGAGCCACCGGCUGAGGAAUAGACACGCAGAGUUACUCCGUCACCAGCGCGUUAAAUUAGUACUAAACCCGCAUCAAUACACCGGGCCGAGCCUCCCGUUAUCAUCCGAAAGGAAAAGGAACCGUGUCGUAUGUCCGCUAUCCAGAACCUCCAAACUUUUGACCCCUUUGCUGAUGCAACUAAGGGUGAUGAUCGGCUCCCAGCAGGGACUGAGGACUACAUCCACAUAAGAAUCCAGCAGAGGAACGGCAGGAAGACUCUGACCACAGUGCAGGGCAUUGCCGACGACUAUGACAAGAAGAAGCUAGUCAAGGCCUUCAAGAAGAAGUUUGCAUGCAAUGGGACAGUGAUUGAACACCCUGAGUAUGGUGAAGUGAUCCAGCUGCAGGGAGACCAGCGCAAAAACAUCUGCCAGUUCCUCACAGAGAUUGAACUGGCCAAAGAGGAACAGCUCAAAGUCCACGGUUUCUAGAAGCUUCUUUUACCCUCCCCCAUACCCUCACCUUCUCUACUAAUUAACCCUUCCACCUCCCCUCUGACACCCCUAACAACCCCCCAUAUAAAGGUAUAACAGAGACGAUGACUCUGGCUCCUGAUUGGAGACGCUGCUCCAACAUGGCUUCCUCACAGCUCAGAUGGCCGACGCCCAGCUGAUUUCUCUCUUUUUCCUUUUUAGUUAAUCGUGUGCUUUUCAUCUUUGUUUUGUACAUGUUUCAAUAAAAAUCCUCAGAUGUUAUGUCAUCCUGUGA